AUGGAGGAGAUUAAAAAAAAUCCCACAAUCCUACCUAAUGUUACUGUGGGGUACCACAUCUAUGAAAGCUACCACAGUGUUCAGAGGACUUACAAGGCCUCAUUGGAUCUUGUUUCUACAAAACGCAGACUUUUACCCAACUACAAGUGUGAUACCCAGAACAAUUUGAUAGCCAUUGUUGGGUCAAAAUACUCUGAGCUCUCCCUCAACCUGGCCAACAUUGUAAACCCAUACAAGAUUCCACAGUUCACGAUUGGCUCCCUUGACUCAAGGUUUAUAGAAAGAAAACUCUUCCCUUCCUUAUACCGGAUGGUGCCAAAUAACAACUAUGAGUACAAUGGGAUGGUCCACUUACUUCUGCAUUUUGGAUGGACAUGGGUUGGGCUAUUAACUGUGAAAUUAUUCAGUGCAGAAAGAUUUUUGCAAGCUCUAGUGCCACAGCUUUCUUUAAAUGGCAUCUGUGUUGCUUUUAUAACAAAUAUACAACCAUGGGGUUAUGCUGCUGAUAUGUCAGGGAAAUGGAAUACUGCAAUAUUUUCUACAAUAUCAGAUACCACCAGUAAAGCCAAUAUAAUUGUUGUAUAUGGAACUCCUGUAGUAAUGGAUAUCUUGAUCUGGUAUCUUCAUACAGCACAUCUUCCUUCAGGUAAAGUGCUGCUUGUGACAUCACAUUGGGAUUUCAAAACCACCAGUAAAAGCCCCUGGAAUAUGCAGUCCUUUCAAGGUGCCUUAUCCUUAUCUGUCCAUUCAAAUGAACCACCGGGAUUCAAGACAUUUCUCCAGAAUCUAAAUCCUUCAGAGGCAAAAGAAAACUGCUUGGUGCAGGAUUUCUGGGAGAAAACAUUUAACUGCUCAUUGAAAAAGAAUAGUGUGGGUGACAAGAUUAAAAAAUUCUGCAAUGUGGAGGAGAAACUAAAGAGUCUGCCAUUAUCUAUCUUUGAAAUGGACAUGACUGGCAACAGCUAUACUGUGUACAAUGCUGUCCACACAGUUCUGCAUGUUCUGCAUGCCAUGUAUAAAUCCAUAUCAAAAUACAGAAGACACGUAGUUGGAAGGAAACUGGUGGCUCAGAAUCUGCACCCAUGGGAGGGUACCUCAUUCAACAACAGUGCUGGAGAGAAAAUACAAUUUGAUGAAAAUGGGGAGUUAGUUGCAGGAUUUGAUGUGAUCAACUGGGUAAUGUUUCCAAAUAAAUCUUUUGGUAGAGUCAAAAUUGGAAGCCUGGAUCUUCGGGCUCCUCCAGGAAAACAGUUAACCAUACAAGAUGAAAGCAUUGUGUGGCAUAGCAAGUAUAACCAGGUUCUUCCUAUUUCUGUGUGUAAUGACAAGUGCCACCCCGGUCACAGAAGAAAAGAGAAAGAAGGGAAGCCAUUUUGCUGUUAUGAUUGUGUUCCGUGUCCAGAGGGAAAGAUUUCUAACCAAACAGAUAUGGAUGCUUGCACUAGAUGUCCAGAAGAUCAAUAUCCAAAUUUGGAUCAAAGCCAAUGCAUUCCCAAAGUCAUAACCUACCUCUCUUAUGAAGAACCUUUAGGGAUGACUUUAGUUUUCUCUGCUCUUGCUUUUGCUCUCACCACAGCUUUGAUAAUGGUAAUAUUUAUUAAGCACAAAAACACUCCCAUAGUCAAAGCCAAUAAUCAAAAUCUAACCUACAUUCUUCUCAUCUCACUCCUCCUUUGUUUCCUCUGCUCUUUCCUUUUUAUGGGGCAGCCUGGACAGGUGAGUUGCUUUCUCCAACAAAGUGCUUUUGGCAUCAUAUUCUCUGUGGCUCUCUCCUGUGUUUUAGCAAAAACCAUCAUUGUGGUUCUGGCAUUUAUGGCAACCAAACCAGGAUCAAGGAUAAGAAAAUGGUUGGGGAAUAGGCUUGGAAAAUCUAUCGUAUUUUCUUGCACCUUUGUUCAAACAGGAAUUUGUGCUUUUUGGUUGAGUACUUCUCCACCUUACGCACAUUCAGAUAUGCACUCCCUGAUUGGGAAAAUCAUAGCAGAGUGUAAAGAGGGCUCAGUUUCCAUGUUUUAUGGUGUCUUGGGGUAUAUGGGCUUUCUAGCUGCUGUCACUUUCACUGUGGCAUUUCUUGCUAGGAAGUUACCUGACAGUUUCAAUGAAGCCAAAUUUAUCACUUUCAGCAUGUUGGUCUUUUGCAGUGUUUGGAUAUCAUUUGUUCCAGCAUACCUGAGUACCAAAGGAAAAUACAUGGUAGCUGUGGAGAUCUUUGCUAUCUUAUCAUCUAGUGCUGGGCUACUUUUUUGCAUAUUUUCCCCCAAAUUCUACAUAAUUGUGUUCAGGCCUGAGUUAAAUAACAGAGAACAAUUAAAAUCUAGAGGAGUCAUCUUUGAGGAGGCCCUGAGGUGCCUCAAGGCAAAUAUUACAAAGGAACAGACUGUGUCAACUGAAACUGAGAAAGAGAGGCGAUACAGGCCUUCAGGGGUCUUGGAAAUCCAUUAUAUUUUCUAA